GUUUAGGAGUACCUGACUGGAAUGGCUCCGGUAGUUCUGUUCGUGGACACGGCUCUUUUCCCUCUGUCAUGGUGUGGAAACUCGUGCUGAGACCUCUCGCAGCAAUAUGGAGACCAGAAGUAGACUUUUUACCUGUCUCCUGUUGACUGUGCAUCUCUGGGUUUGCGUCUCUCAAGUCCUCCGGAUCGGUGGGAUCUUUGAGACCAGGGAGAGUGAGCUGGUGAGUAUGGACGAGCUGGCCUUUAAGUUUGCAGUGAACAACAUCAACCGCAACAAGACUCUGAUGCCCAACACCACCCUGACCUACGACAUACAGAGGAUCAACGUGUUUGAUGGCUUUGAGGCAUCCAGGAGAGUGUGUGACCAGUUGGCUCUCGGGGUGGUGGCAGUUUUUGGUCCUUCACACAGCUCCUCGGUCAGUGCUGUUCAGUCCAUCUGUAAUGCUCUAGAGGUGCCCCACAUCCAGACACGCUGGAAACACCCCUCUGUGGACAAUAAAGACACCUUCUUCAUAAACCUGUACCCUGAGUACACUGCUAUCGCCCGGGCAAUCCUGGAUGUGGUCACCUUCUUCAAAUGGAGGAAACUCACUGUGGUCUACGAGGACAGCACAGGUCUAAUGCGAAUGCAGGAGUUGAUCAAGGCUCCAGCGAAGUUCAACCUCAAAGUGAAAAUCCGUCAGCUGACCCCCGGAAACCAGGAUGCGCGGCCACUGCUCAAAGAAUUGAAGAAAGACAAAGAGUUUUUUAUCAUCUUUGACUGCACCUAUCGUAUGGCCUCAGAGCUGCUCAAACAGCUCUCGUCUAUGGGAAUGAUGACUGAAUACUACCAUUUCUUCUUCACCACUUUGGACCUGUUUGCCUUGGACUUGGAGCCAUACCGCUACAGUGGGGUCAACAUGACAGGCUUCAGGCUGUUGAACAUCGAUGACCCCUGGGUGACCUCUACCAUGGACAAGUGGGCUAUGGAGCGUCUGCAGGGCCCCAAACAGGACAGCAGCCUGAUGGACGGGAUCAUGACGACUGACGCGGCGCUCAUGUAUGAUGCUGUACACAUGGUUGCCGUGGCAUCUCAGAGGGCCACUCAGAUGACGGUCAGCUCUUUACAGUGUCACCGCCACAAGCCCUGGAGGUUUGGCCCACGCUUCAUGAACCUGUUCAAAGAGGCGCAGUGGGAUGGCCUGACGGGACACAUUGUUCUUAAUAAGACAGAUGGCCUGAGGAGGGACUUUGAUUUGGACAUCAUCAGCCUGAAAGAGGACGGCACUGCCAGGAUCGCCGUGUGGAACUCGUACACCGGCAUGAACCUGACGGAGAGUGACCGGGACAAGAAUAACAAUGUGACCGACUCUCUGGCCAACAGGACUCUCAUUGUCACCACGAUUCUGGAAAAUCCAUAUGUGAUGUAUAAAAAGUCGGAUAAAGAGCUUGUGGGGAACGACCGAUUUGAAGGUUACUGCCUGGACCUGCUGAAGGAGCUGUCAAACAUCUUAGGGUUUACAUAUGAAGUGAGACUGGUGGCUGAUGGGAAAUACGGAGCCCAAAACGAUAAAGGAGAGUGGAAUGGAAUGGUCCGCGAACUUAUCGACCAUGUGGCUGACCUUGCUGUGGCUCCUCUGACCAUCACGUAUGUGCGAGAGAAAGUAAUAGACUUCUCCAAGCCCUUCAUGACACUGGGCAUCAGUAUUCUGUACCGCAAACCCAACGGCACCAACCCGGGCGUCUUCUCCUUCCUCAACCCCCUUUCCCCCGACAUUUGGAUGUACGUGCUGCUAGCGUGUACCGGGGUCAGCUGUGUGCUCUUUGUCAUUGCCAGAUUUACUCCUUAUGAAUGGUACAACCCCCAUCCGUGCAACCCAUCCUCCACUUUAAUCCAAAACAACUUCACUUUACUCAACAGCUUCUGGUUUGGAGUGGGCGCUCUCAUGAGACAAGGUUCGGAGCUGAUGCCCAAAGCCCUGUCCACUCGGAUUGUUGGUGGCAUCUGGUGGUUCUUUACGCUGAUCAUUAUAUCUUCGUACACGGCCAAUCUAGCUGCCUUCCUCACAGUGGAGAGAAUGGACGCGCCCAUAGACUCAGCAGACGACCUCGCCAAACAGACGCGUAUAGAGUACGGAGCAGUGCGGGAUGGGUCCACUAUGACCUUCUUUAAGAAAUCCAAAAUCUCCACAUAUGAGAAGAUGUGGGCGUUCAUGAGUAGCAGGAAGAACACAGCUUUGGUGAAGAACAACAAAGAAGGCAUCACUCGAGUCCUCACCACAGACUACGCCAUGCUGAUGGAGUCUACAAGCAUCGAAUACAUCAGCCAGAGGAACUGCAACCUGACACAGAUCGGAGGGCUCAUAGACUCCAAGGGCUACGGAGUGGGCACGCCAAUAGGUUCCCCAUACCGCGACAAAGUGACCAUAGCCAUCCUCCAGCUGCAGGAGGAAGGAAAGCUGCACAUGAUGAAGGAGAAGUGGUGGAGGGGCAACGGCUGCCCCGAGGAGGACAACAAAGAGGCCAACGCUCUCGGUGUAGAGAACAUCGGGGGCAUAUUCAUUGUGCUGGCGGCCGGCCUCGUGCUGUCUGUGUUUGUGGCCAUUGGAGAGUUCAUCUACAAGGCCCGCAGGAACGCUGACAUAGAGGAGGCGUUUUGUUUCUUUUACGGGGUGCAGUCUCGUCAGUUCCAGCGGCGCGGCUCCACCUCCUCCUCGGGCACUUCUCUGUCCACUGAUCUGGAGAGCGGGCGGCUGCUAGGAGACGACACUGACUAACACUGACACACACAAUGCACAACUAUAGUGCGUGUCAGUGAGUGCACUGAUGGAGGAGCUGGGCCUCUCUCUGCAGUGUUACAAAGGCACCAGGCGGAGGUCCCGAGCCCACAGUAUCCCAC